UCAUCAGCACAUUUAUUUACUGUUUUUAAACAGUAGAAAAUCUUAAUGAAAUGUGAAGAGUACUAUUUUAAUCUCUUAUUGAUGAACUUAAAGAUGCUUGCAAUAAUGCUUUAGUUGGAAGAAGGUCAAUACAAAAUUGUGUAGCAAAAAGCACAUGUAGUUUGAACCAGAAAAGGCCUUAAUUACCGACAAAACUAAAGGAGAAAAGGCACACUAGCAGACAUCGCAAAGGUUCAUUUUAAAAAGAAACACCAUUCCCUUCUAAAUCGAAAGAAAGUGGCAAAAUAUGUUACUGAAAUAAAUCUACAAACAUUUCGAAUACAUUUCUGGUAAUAAUUGAUCAAAUGUGACAUUUUCCUCCAUGUCAAAUCUAACUUGGUUAUCUUUAGCUGUGAUUUUGAAUAAUUUAGACUUUUUGAUAGUUUCUUCCACUAUUAAGAAAUGAACAAUAAAACAUCGAUGAAUUUGAAAGGGUGCAGAAUCUAGCCACAGUGCACAUUUAAUUGUACUUAAUUGUAUACUUUAUUUAAAUAACUUUCUCAGACGUUUAAUAAUUUAGAAUCAAUAGUGCCCCUCAACACAUAAUAAAAUAUUUACACUUUAUAAAAUAUUAACCGAUUAACAAUACAGCCAUGUUGUUUAGAAGAGUGUAACUUAAGUCCUUUCAUAAUGAUGUUGACACAGGCUUGUGAGGUUAGCAUAGUGAUCCUUAACAAAAUGUAAAUGAAGAUCUUCUGACAGUGGUGUUUAUAAAAUAGCUCAUUAAUGACUUAGGAUUGAAGCAUUCCAACCGUUCGCAUCACCAGACAUAAUAAUAGUGACGAAUCAGACAGAAAAGAUCCUGGCUAAACGAUUUGCAUCCCUCCCCCCCCACCAUGCUAGUAUUGAAGUCCUAAUAUCAUCAAUUCUUCUAAGUUCCUGGACAUUGAUCUGGAGGCGGAUUUCGCAGUUUCAACGCCAAGGUAAGGCAGGAAAGGGUGUUAUUAGCGUUAAGAUAUUAACCAGAAAUGCGCCUUUCCACAUUUUGAGAAUGCACUAUUUGGCAAUGGUAGUUGGUUUUUGCAACCCCUCGGUCUCAUUUCGAUAUAUUACAGUUUUGGGUUGUUUUUUCUUUUCUUUUUUUUUGUAAAAAAAAGUUUGUCGAUCAAACUUACAGUUCGUUUGCUUGCUGCCAAAAACCUUUUAGCUAUCACCACCGGCGGAUUUUUACUAAAGCCACUUACUUUGGCCCUCACGGACCUCGAAUUUGCUCUACCCUCUUUGGCUAAGGAUGGGGGUGGGGGAGCACGGAAUUUGAGGUAGAAAAACAAGGAAAAGAAAAACGUGGCUACAAACUUCCCGGGUGGACCGCGGGAGCUUUACUACCCCGCUGGCUUUCUCCCCACGGGGUGCCGAUCGCUCGCCUGCAGCUUCUUUGGAACUCGGCGGGGAGGCUCAGGGGUGCGGAAUUCACCGGUAUCUGGGCUUGGAGACCCAGUCCCUGGACAGGUUUCCUACCUGGGGCCCCUUCUCUUCCAGAGAUUCUCAGAGUACAUCGGGCCACGAGCACGGCGCCAGUGGGGUGGGGAGCGGGAGGGGGCUGGUUGGGGCUGCUCGGACGGACGGCGGCCUGGUCUCCCACACUACUGCCGGACUUGGCUUUCGGCGGUGAUUGCCUAAGCCCCUGAUUUCCAGAAUUGCCCCCGAGCGCGUUUCCCGAGACAGAGUUUAGUUUGGCCCUCUGGCGCCGCCGUACAGUCAACGCUUCUUAAGGGGGACCUGCCACUCGGGAAGCCUGAUGUGGGAAAGUCCUUGGGGGUACCGGGGAGUAUAAGGGAGAACCAAGGUGUGCUGGCGGGAUUGGAGACGCUGGCGGCAGAUCCUGGCUUUUCUGGCCUCAAGGUUGGCACGGAAGUGUCCACAAUUUCUCAUCCCCGACUCUCUACGCCCGGGUCCGUAGACGCCCCGGGCGUCUCGAGGGGGCUGCGGGCCGUGCCCACGUGCUUUUUCUUAAGGAGGCCCUCGCUCAGGCGGGACCACAAGGACAAAAGCGCGGCCCGGAACCCGGUCUGCUCGGCUAAGUGCCGGCUCCACCUUAAAUGAGCACCGCGGCCGGAGCCGGGCUCAGGACCGCCAAGGCCGCGGGAGUCGGCAAAAGUUUGUGCCUGGGUUACGCCUUCGUAAGACCCGCUGGGGACGCUUCGGCGCGGCCGCCCGGUGCGAGGAAGGCUGAGUCCUCACGACACGGCAGUGUUCGCGCCCGAAGACCCGGCCCGUGCAGCUCAGGGUCUUCAAGAACCCCAGUCCUGCAGCCCGAGGACCAGCAGCCUCACCGCCCGUGCCGCCACCGCGCCACGGCCUCCAGGCGGCCUGGGCUGCGCUGCUCGCGACGGUGGCCGGCGCUGCCAGCGCUCCAGGGAUGCCAUCCAAGGGUGCACCCCGCCCUGCCCACCCCGAAGGCCCCCCUCUGCGGUGCCAACCACAGCCCGGCGGGUGGUGGCCUCGCUCCUGCCAUUCGGGACACCCGGGCUAUUGUUCCGGACCCACGGCCGUGCCAGCUCUGAGGGAGGAAGCGGCCUUGGCGGCGCGCGCGGCGGCUCGGAGCGCGGCCGUCCUGGACGGUCGGCGCGGCGCGGAGGGGACGCUCUCAGGCUCGGGGAAAAGUUGCUCGGAGGGGCGGAGGCGGUGGGUGGUGGGCGGAGGCGGUGGGUGGGGGAGGCCAUCGCCCUCCUAUCUCCAAAGUCGAAAGUACUCCGCGGCGCAGUAGCCGUGCCGGGAGCACCGGCUGCGGCGGCCGCCUGGGGAUCGUCGAGCUGAGCCUCUUUACCGGGAAACUGGGCACCCAACACCCGCCUAGUCGCAUCCGCCUCGCCGUCCCGAUCAGUGCGCCUAGGGGCUGGGCGAGGCGCCUCGGCCGCGCCCUGGACUUGUUCCCCGGAGGGGAGGACUAGACCUCGGGUCCUGGCGCCCGCCUGUGCCCAGACGCACCCACCCGCUGGUUGUGGUCACCGCCUCUAGCCGCACUCAGUCCACUGCCAUCGGUCCUUCGCCGGCCGGCGCACGAGGUCUUUGCUACCCCGCUCCCACCGCCGUCUCUCCCCUUCCACCUCUUCCUCUCUCCCUUCCUCCCACCCACCCCCUCGCCUGUCCCUCUGCCUCCUCCGCAGCCCCGCCGCCGUUGGGUCGCCUCGCUCACAGCGAUUGAUUGAUUGAUGUUUAAUUUCCUGCCAGGCGGGGUCCCCCUCCCCCCGCAACCUCCCCGGUCCUCCUCCCCACCCCCACUCCCCUCCAUUGCGGUGGACCAGUCUGGCUUGGGUUUAGAUCCGUCCCCCCCCUCCCCUUCGCAUCCCGAAAUAACCCAGAGACUUCCCCUACCCCCACCCCAAAUUAUUAUCUUGAAGGCGCUAGAUCUGGGGACGGAAAGGGGGAGGGGGAGAAAUCGGAAACCGAGGACAACCCAAAAGGACUCACUUUGCCUGAUGACUCAACGCAACUAAUAAUCAUCUCCCUCUCAGUGUGUCUCUCUCUGCGGCUUGUCAGGGAGUCCGGCUCUGGCUGCUGGCAGAGGCGGCCCAGAGAGCAGAGGCUGGAGGUGACAGCUUGGGCGGCCGCCGCGUUUUCUCCUGCGCGCGGCUCCCGGGUUCCAGUGCCUCCUUGACUCUCGGUGGCACCGGCCUCGCGGCUCGGGCCGCGCCUCCGGGCGGGCUAGCGGCAUUGAGAGCCGGCAGCCACUGCCGCCGCCGCCUCCUCCUGGUUCUCAGCCCUUUCUCUCCAGAACGGGGCUCCUUCCUGAAGGUGUGAAAGGCUCUUUCAGCCCCCUCUCCCCCCUCCUCCUCGUCCCCUCCCUCCCCCCCCUCGUUCGGGUGCCCCUUUGGAGGAGUCCUCUUCCCUCUCCUCCUCCUCCCUCACCCCCCCCCCCCCAUCACCACCAUAACAACCAUCUACGCACCAGAAGAAGACACCCUGACCCAGGACCUUAAACGUUAGGACCUGGGGAAGAGGAAAGGGAAAGGAGGGGAGAAAAAGGAAGACUUGAGAGAGAACGCCCGCAAAAGCAAAGCACCCGAAACUUUCCACCCUGGAUUCUCUACUUUUGCUCCAUGGGCAGAGCCCCAGCCAGCCAAGUUUCAGACCGACCGUGAGCAGUCCCAGUGCGUUUUAUUGCAACCUGCCUGUGGGAACUUUGCCUCCGCGUCGGAGCACCAUGGAGCGGCAGAGCGAGAGCCCGUGCCUGCGGGACAGCCCCGACCGGCGGAGCGGCAGCCCAGAGGUCAAGGGGCCUCCCCCGGUGAAGGUGGCCCGGCUGGAGCAGAACGGCACCCCCAUGGGAGCCCGCGGGAGGCCCAACGGCGCGGUGGCCCGGGCCGUGGGAGGUUUGAUGAUUCCUGUCUUUUGUGUGGUGGAGCAGUUGGAUGGCUCUCUUGAAUAUGACAACAGAGAAGAACAUGCUGAGUUCGUCUUGGUGAGGAAAGAUGUGCUUUUCAGCCAGCUGGUGGAGACUGCGCUCCUGGCCCUGGGGUAUUCUCACAGUUCUGCAGCUCAAGCUCAAGGAAUAAUCAAGCUGGGGAGGUGGAACCCUCUCCCCCUCAGUUAUGUGACAGAUGCACCUGAUGCAACAGUGGCCGACAUGCUACAAGAUGUCUAUCAUGUGGUGACGUUGAAAAUUCAAUUACAAAGUUGUUCAAAGUUGGAAGACUUGCCUGCGGAGCAGUGGAACCAUGCCACAGUCCGCAAUGCCUUAAAGGAACUGCUCAAAGAGAUGAACCAGAGCACAUUAGCCAAAGAAUGCCCUCUCUCCCAGAGUAUGAUUUCAUCCAUUGUAAAUAGCACAUAUUAUGCCAAUGUGUCAGCAACCAAGUGCCAGGAGUUUGGGAGAUGGUAUAAAAAAUAUAAAAAGAUUAAAGUGGAAAGAGUGGAGCGAGAAAACCUUUCAGACUAUUGUGUUCUGGGCCAGCGUCCAAUGCAUUUACCAAAUAUGAACCAGCUGGCCACUCUGGGAAAAACCAACGAACAGUCUCCUCAUAGCCAAGUCCACCACAGUACUCCAAUCCGAAACCAAGUGCCCCCCCCAUUACAGCCCAUCAUGAGCCCUGGUCUUCUUUCUCCCCAGCUUAGUCCACAACUUGUCAGGCAACAAAUAGCCAUGGCCCAUCUGAUAAACCAACAGAUUGCCGUUAGCCGUCUCCUGGCUCACCAGCAUCCUCAAGCCAUCAACCAGCAGUUCCUGAACCAUCCACCCAUUCCCAGAGCAAUUAAAGCAGAGCCAACCAACUCCUCUGUGGAAGUCUCUCCAGAUAUCUACCAGCAAGUCAGAGAUGAGCUCAAAAGGGCCAGCGUGUCUCAAGCUGUUUUUGCAAGAGUGGCAUUCAACCGUACACAGGGAUUGUUGUCUGAGAUUCUGCGUAAGGAAGAAGACCCGAGGACAGCCUCUCAGUCUCUUUUGGUAAACCUGAGGGCCAUGCAGAAUUUCCUCAAUCUGCCUGAAGUGGAGCGGGAUCGAAUAUACCAGGACGAGCGUGAACGAAGCAUGAACUCCAAUGUGAGCAUGGUCUCCUCCGCCUCCAGCAGCCCCAGUUCCUCCCGAACCCCUCAGGCCAAAACCUCGACACCGACAACAGACCUCCCUAUUAAGGUGGAAGGCGCCAACGUCAACAUCACAGCUGCCAUUUAUGACGAGAUCCAACAGGAGAUGAAAAGGGCCAAGGUGUCUCAAGCCCUGUUUGCCAAAGUGGCUGCAAAUAAAAGUCAGGGCUGGCUCUGUGAACUUCUCCGCUGGAAAGAAAACCCCAGCCCAGAAAACCGCACCCUUUGGGAGAACCUCUGCACCAUCCGUCGCUUCCUGAACGUCCCCCAGCAUGAGCGGGAUGUGAUCUAUGAGGAGGAAUCCCGACAUCACCACAAUGAACGCAUGCAGCAUGUGGUCCAGCUCCCACCUGAGCCGGUGCAGGUCCUCCAAAGACAGCAGUCGCAGCCCACCAAGGAGAGCACCCCUCCCAGAGAAGAGGCGCCUCCCCCGCCUCCUCCCACCGAAGACAGUUGUGCCAAAAAGCCCCGUUCCCGCACCAAGAUCUCCUUAGAAGCCCUGGGGAUCCUGCAAAGCUUUAUCCACGAUGUGGGCCUCUACCCCGACCAGGAGGCCAUCCACACGCUCUCGGCGCAGCUGGAUCUCCCCAAACACACCAUCAUCAAGUUCUUCCAGAACCAGCGGUACCACGUGAAACACCACGGGAAGCUGAAGGAGCACCUGGGCUCCGCCGUGGACGUGGCGGAGUACAAGGACGAGGAGCUGCUGACGGAGCCCGAGGAGAACGACUGCGAGGAAGGCUUGGAGGAGAUGUACAAAGUGGAGGCCGAGGAGGAGAGCGCCGAGAAAAGCAAGGCCCCGCCUGCCGAAGCUGACCAGAGAUAAUGUGAACUGCCACCAGGCCAAGCAAUACAGUGGUCCCAGGAUUUUCUGUUUCCAUUUCUUUCUUUAAACAAAAUUUUUGGCUUUAUUUUUUUUAGUGUCUAUUUUAUUUUUUUCUUAUCUUUAUGCCAUUCCUUUGUUGCACAGGAUACACCCACAGACUGAAUCAUCAGUUCAGUAUUUCUGAAUCAGACAUCACCUUGGCAAAGACACUAAGUGUUACACUUUUACAAUCGACUGGACCAUAGUAAUUAUAACCACAGGAGACUCUGCCUUCAUUAUCCUUGCACUUAUGGAAGAGACAGCAAGAAAAUUCCAGGAUAGAAAGACCAACGAAAUAAAUGAAGGAAGCUACAAGUGUGUGUGUGUGUAUAUGUAUAUGUAUAUAUCUCUAUAUUUACAUAUAUAUAUUAAAGUUGCAUGGGACAGAGAACUUUGCAAUCCGAAAGAAUAGACUGUGAAAUGAGUUCUUAAAGAAAAGACUUGUUUAUGUAUUAAAACACCACUUCACAGUGAGUUGCUUUGGCUUUUUGAUAAACUGAGGCCUGCUCUCAGCGUGGGGUGACUAUUUUUGAAUUCCUAUUUAUUUUUGUGUUUGUCCCUGAAAAAUUUUUUUUAAUUCUAUGGCUUCCUAUCUGGCAGCUUAAGGGGUAAUUUUUGAGGUAUGUAUUUAACAAAAUAAAUCAACACUGCCAAAAGAGAGAGAGAGAGAGAAAAGAAAAAGAAAAAGACAGGAAGGAAGAAGAAAAUAAAGUGAAAAAAAGGGUGUGGUAAAAUGGUACAAGUAAAAUUACUCUUAAUGGUACAGUGCACACUUAAAAUGACUUGAUAUGUUCCGUUACUCAAUUUUUCAGGACUGUCCUCAACAGAUGCAUUUCUGUGGAAUUCCAAAUAAGGCUGAAAUUCAAUGCGGAAAACCUUAUCCAUUAGUGCAGUCUCCAUCAAUGACAUUUUGAUGCUGGACAUAUGGGAUUCAUACUAUGAGCCACGUUUUGUUGUGAAAUUUAUUUACCUGCCUGUGGCUUCAGAUCUUCACACUUAUUAAGCCUGCUCAUUUAAAAAUUGUUUGUUGUUGCUGUUUUUGUUCUUUUGUUUUUAAUAGAAAAUAGUUCAAUGUAAUGUUAAGUUAGAAAAGAAACUGCUGCCCAGUUAAAGGGCCUCCCUCUCAAAUAAGUCUCGUCCUUCUCUCUCCCCAAACGUUUCUUAUUUCUACUUCACUUUCAACUUCCUCUUUUUCAUAAUACACAUUCCAUCCACCUUAGCCAAACAUUUCCAGUCCCUGAUCUUAUUGGCUUCCGUCCCUUUCCCUGAUCCAUAGCCCUAACCAGAACUUGUUUUUGAGUCAUGGUGCAGCUUCAGGCAAUAGCGUUAAGUGAAGCGAUUCCAGUAGAAUCACCUACUCGUCAUAAAAGGAAAUAGUGUCCUAGUUCUCCACAUAGCAAUUCCCUUACGUGCAGCAGAACUAAUGCCAACUGGCUGUUUAGUGGAAGGAGCUUUAAAGCUGAAGUCUCCUAUAGCUCUCCAGAUCGCCAUCAGCUUCCGAUCAGAAAUACCAGUAGCAUUACUUUCCACUUCUACUUACAGUAAUUGCAAGAGGAGACCUCCCCUUUUGGAAUAGCCUCAAGAACCUCCUCUAGGCUUGGAAAUAAAAUGGCCCCUCGGCAGUCCCAUAUGGUUGGAUUACUUUUUUGUUAAUUUUUCAAGUUGUGUUCUCAUGCAACCUUGUCAAAGACCUCAUGCAAUAUCACUUUGAAAGUUAUUUUCUGUUUACUACACAAACAUUGUAAUAUAACUGUUAAUACUAUUUAUAUAUUUGAAAGAUAUAAAAGGUAGGAGUUAAAAACAAAACCUCUAUGUGUAGAUAUGGACUGAGAAUUUACACUAUACAGGGAGAAGACAUGUUGCAAUACAAGCUAAUUCUAGCUGCUCAGUAACCUCUGGAGUUUUUAAAGGGACAUUUUCCUGUACUUUUUCAAAUAAUGAUGUUUAAAAUAAUUAUCUUGACAUUGACAUGAGCAUCAUGUAUCUUUGCAGAAGGAUGGCUGUUGGCACUUCAGCCCUGGGCCCAUCCUUCCUUUUUCUGAAGAAUGCUGCAGCUUUAAACAGAAAGUCCAUGGUUGCUGCUUCCUGAUCUCCGAGUUACUCUUUCCAAAUUGUCUUCUGACACUGUUGCUGAAGGUCACUCUGUAUACAUCUAGACACCAUUUUUGCCAAGCUCUCACAAGGUGGUUCAUUGAUGGAUGGCAUCCGCAUUUGGUAUCUUUUACACUUCAACCAAAAAUUUAUUAGGUAUUUUUCAAUGCUAAGUCUUGCCUUUUAUUUUUUAAUUUCACUGCCAAGUCUGCAGUGGUUCUAAGUGAAUCUGUGGGCAUUUUAGCCUGUGGUCUUGCCAGAUCUUUGCGAAUUACAAUGCAUAUAUGUCUAUUUAUUCAACAUCUGUCAUAUAAUAUCUAUUUGGAAGAAGAAACUUUCUCUUGUAGUGCCUCUUGACAAAGCACAAUUUCCCGCCUUUUUUUUGUGAAAUGAAAAAAAAAAACAAAUUGUGUUUUAUUGCAGUAUCAACAAUGUGAAUAAGGAUUAACAUAUUGUAAAUGUUCUUUUUUUCCAUGUAAAUCAACUAUCUUUGUUAUCACUAAGUGAUAAUUAAUUUUUAACUUAUGUGCAUUGUUAGGCUGUUAGAAUUUUUUGGUUGUUAAAAUAAAACGCAUUCAAUAAAUCUGA